AUGACUGGAACAAACCAGAGAGACAAAGUAGAAUCGCAAUCGUCAACAAUACUCGCAUUUGCAAGAAAGUUAAGCACUGGAACCGACCCUAGAAAAGUCAAGCCACCCGCAGAACGUAGAUCCUCCCUAGACCUCAAAUAUGAUGACAGCAGGAAGGAAUCCAUAGAACCAGCAACUCCACGGGCGCAAACCAACACACAGACCCUGCAGAUGCAAAAAAAAAGAAAAUUGCUUAAUACCUCUAUAACUGGGGACAGCGAAAUCUACAAGAAGAAAAAAAGGGCAGACUUUUUCACCCUUAAAGAGACCAUUGACAUGAUCACAAAGAUCGGAGCAGACCUGCAGAAAUACCUGGAACAGAACACCAAGAAAGAGGUCAAAGAAUUAGUAAAGAGACUUGCGAAACAAAUAAAAAAUAUGAACGAAAAUAGAAUAUCAGACUGA